AUGGCCACUGCCUAUGGAUCUACCACUCACCUCUCAACAGGGCCGCUGUCUACAACGACGCCGACAGGCGCAGAUGAAUCGAAGGAAUACGAGCGCAUUCUCCAAAUCAGUGAUGACAUUUUUGCCGGCACUCACCCACGUCUCAAGGUACCCCAGCAAUUCGUUCGCAAGCCUGCGUCGCGGAACAUUCCGAAUGGCUCUCCGGCUCUAUCGGUUGCGAAGAAGGGACCCUCUGAGAACAAAGUAGAGGGUGCAGCGCCGGCCGAAGUGGCUCGACUUGAUCAGAGCAUGCGCACUCCUGUGCAAAUCAAAGCCUCGACACAAUCGACGCUCAACGCGGCUGCACCACCGUUUCAAGUGGCAUCCAAGCCCACAUCUGAAAUCGACCCCAUCCUCCUGACCAAGUCGGAGGACCUUGUUCGGGCAGAAAUGCAACUGCAACGGCAAAGGGUGGAAAGAACGCUGCGUGACCAGCUAGAGCAGAGGAAGCAAGAAUCCAAACAAAAGCCUGCCAUUCAAGAUACGCAGCCGGAAUUUGAUGUCUCAGCAGUGCUAGAUCGGGCGUUGGAAAUUGUCCGACCUGUGUCGCUGAGUGGAUCAUCAGAGCAAAAUGUGCAGAAUGAGUCUUUCGAUGAGAACUCUUUCUACUCCAGUAGAGCACCAGACUCGCCUCGGCCCGUUGGAGAGCUUCGAAGACCAUCUUCGGUGGCUCCGCCUCUGGCGACAAGCGCACCCACUCAGGAUGUGGCUGAGACAUACGAAGAUGAGUUGCAGCGACUGGAAGCUCUGAAUCGAACAGAAUCAGAUCAGGAAAUGCGUGAUGCUUACCCUGUUGUUGACCAGAGCACCCAUCAUCCACGCAAGCAUCUAGCUCUCACGCAGCGACCAGCUGCUGGUCUUGAAUGUCGAGAGCGAUCCCCAGGUGCGUCCGAUGAGCCAGAGUAUUCUCCUCCGUCACCAAUGGCACCCCCGCUCCCUGAUCACGAUCGAUACGCAUACCAAACCCACACUUCCUCCGCGAUUGAGUCUCCCUCGACACAAGUCCAGGUUGUUCGAAACCACAUCACCUCUCCGGCUGCUCCUCAGCCCUCCCACGUCUCCCGUGUCUCAACCACCAAGUUCUCCUCGGCCCAGCAGCGACGGAUGGGGCAGCCCGCUUCAGCUUCAGGGCUUAGUCGAGUGUAUUCGGAUCCCGAAUCCGGCCGUGAAGGCGUGAGCGCCGGUGUGCCUUCUAUCUCGUCUCGUAAGCGGAGGAAGAUACAAGCAAGUGGCGGGGAACAGAUUGUCACUUCCAAGAAUCAGGCUACUGGGUCUUUUGAUGUUCCAAUCAAGGUUGAACCAGUAUCCCCGCCACCCUUCGCUGAUGAUCCUGCGGUCCCAUCCAACCGACAACCGCGAGAGCGACCGGUGUACAUCGACAUCGCAUCUCCUCGGUACAGCCCUGCGGGCGAGAGACGCGAGCCUCCUGUGCGAGGCCCAGUCCACGAUGCAAAUCGCUAUUUGGAAUAUGCCGCGGACCAUGGUACCCAACGUUCAAUCUCUCGAGUGGACGAGCGGCAUGCUGCGCGGGCAGACCCGGGCCUUCGACGUGUAGUCGCUACGCAGUACGUUCGACAACCCGAUCAUCCAUCAGGAUAUGGCUCUACAGACCCUCGUGGCUCCCGUGCCGCAUCCUAUGCAGUGGUGGAAAGGGUACCCCAUGAAUCAUUGCGUUAUUACGAUGAAAUGCCGGCUUCCCAUGGAACUCGGUACAUGGCUGUGGAUGAAGGUCGUCAGUCGACAUAUCAAGAGCCAUAUUACGAAGAGGCCGCGCCAGUCCGUCUGAUCCGUGCACCGGAACGUCGUUUCGUAGUCGACGAGUUCGGAAAUCGAUACGAGAUGGUGCCAGCACCAAGUGUGCAAUCCAUGGCCCCGCCUCCCAGGCCCAUGUCCAGAGCAUUGAGAACCGACGGAUAUCAAGAACCCGUCCCCUCGCGCACGGUGAGUGUGCGAGCUGCAUCAGUCGUACAGGAUCAAUACGGUGAGCACCGGUACGUGCAGGAAAUGCCUCCACCCCCGCCAACGUAUCGACGGGUGGUUUCAGACUACGUGCGACCUGUCGAAACGGAACGUAGAGUCUUUACCGGCCCUAUGGAAAUCCAUGAUCCGUACGUCCCGGGUGAGACCGUGCCGAUUCCUGAAUAUGCCCCACGUCAGUCGGCAUACGCGGAAGAACAUGGUCCCCCUCGCGAGCGAGUCAUUCGAACCAGCAGUGUGCGGCCUCAAGCGGCUCGGUACGAAGAACCACUGGAAGUGGUGCAACGCGUGAGCAGCGUGCAUCCUGGGGUUGCAAGUCGCGAAGUGAGUGUCUUUGCAGACGAACGGCCCCGGGCUCAGUAUGUCGAACGACCUUACUACAUUCGUGACCGGCGAUAUCACGAAGCCGAAGAUGCAAAUCAUGUGGCGUUGGAUGGGCACGCGGACUCGGUUCCUCGGCUCCAGCCGCGCUACUAA